AUGGCGGCAUUGAAAAAAUGGAAUCCUGGGGCAGUUGUGGAGUGGUUGCAUUUGGAAACAGACAUCCCGGGCAGGUACAUGUUGAAUUAUGUUUUCUGGGCUUUCAGACCAUGUAUUGAGGGUUAUCAUUAUUGUCGUGACGUUAUAAGCGUGGAUGGAACACAUUUGUACACGAAGUACAAACAUAAAAUGUUGGUAGCAGUAACUUUAGAUGCAAAUCAGCAGGUGCUGCCGUUAGUGUUUGCACUCGUAGACGAAGAAUCGCUUGAGUCAUGGCGUUGGUUCCUUCGAAUGCUUUCCAAAUAUUUGUUGCCGUCAGAGGAUGAUCGAGUUUGUUUGAUUUCAGAUAGGCAUGCUGGUUUGAUCAAUGCUAUAAAUUAUGUACCCGCAUUCAAAUUUCCCCGCGGAGUAUAUCGAUUUUGUUUACGGUAUGUCUGCUCAAAUUUUAACACAAAAUUCAAGAAAAUCCAGUUGAAGGAUAUGUGCUGGAGAGCAGGGGCAGAAGGCAAUCCUCGAAAAUUUGAUAGAAUCAUGGAAGAGAUCAAAUCAUUGAACGAGGAAGCAUACGACUGGCUUGGGAGAAUUGACAAGGCUCAAUGGACGUUGGUGCAUGAUGGUGGUUGGAGAACGGGUAUCCUCACUACAAACAUGUCUGAGUGCAUAAAUGAAGUAUUAAAAGGUGUGAGACGCUUACCAAUUAUGGCUAUUGUGCAAAUAACGUUAUCCCGCUCUGUACAGUAUUUCUUGCAGCGCUCUACACGGUGUAAUCGUAUGAUCAAUGCAAAUCAACAAUGGGCUGAUUUUGCGUUCAAGUUGUUUGAAGCCCGACAGGCAGAGACAGUACGUCACAUCGUUCAGAAAUUUGACUAUAACCAACAAUCUGCCUCAGUGGUGACAUUGAGCUUGACCGGGCAGGGUUCCCGUACUUAUGUCGUCAAAUUGAAGCAUCGUAUGUGUUCUUGUGGCAAGUGGGGUGCAAUUGGAAUUCCAUGUUCACAUGCCAUUCAGGCAUGUCGGCAUUUUGGGGUUAAUGCGUCAAAUUUUAUUCCUCACUAUUACAGUGUACAAUCAUACAAGAACACAUAUCAAGGGAGGUUUGAGCCUGUAUACGGUGAAGAAUAUUGGGAUCCGGUGGAUUUUGAACUUGUACAUAAUCCCGCAUUGCGAGCUCGUCGAGGCCCGGUUAGACAAGUAUCUACUAGAAUACCGAACGAAAUGGAUAGACCACAAGUACGUGCUCGCCAACAAUAUCAGGCUCGUCAAGCUCGUGGAUGA